AUAGCUACAUUGGGGGGAGCCAGGGAGGAGUAUAGCCUUCAGACUUGGGUAUUCCUUGUUGAUCUGACUGUACAAUACACAGUGUAGUUUGACCCGCCUAUCAACAGUGCAACUGCCAAGUGGCUGUUAGAGAUCUUUCAUGACUUCUUAAGAGUGAAAGAAAACUGCCAGGAUGCAGUGCAACAAGGAUUUACUCGACUAUCUGAGCUUGGCCAUGUUCCUGGCAGGUAUAAUGCAUCUGUACCUCCACAGGAAAUGCCAAAAAAGCUAUGGCCGCCACAUGGCACCCACAAACACCAAGAUGGUGCCUGCUCGCUUAGCUUGGUUCAUCCAAGAAUUACCGUCUUUUCUAAUCCCAUUACUACUGAUGUUCACUUCACAUGAACGUAACAGUUUGGGGAAGGUGCUACUGCUUGGAACAUUUUGCCCACACUACUUUCACAGAACAUUCAUCUAUUCACUCCUGGUCAAAGGACAACCUUACCCUCUGGACAUCAUGGUAAAAGCAGUUAUGUCUUGCUCGGUGAAUGGAUUCUUGCAGGGUCACUACCUGCUGCAUUGUGCUCAAAUUGAGGAGUGGGAAACUUACAACUGCCUCAAAAUUGGUUUAUUCCUAUUUUACAUCGGAAUGGCAAUCAACAUACACAGUGAUAUUUGCCUUCGUAAACUAAGGAAAAAGGGAGAAGUGAAGUACAAGGUUCCCCGAGGAGGCCUUUUUGAAUAUAUAUCGGCUCCAAAUUACUUUGGAGAGAUCCUUGAGUGGUUUGGCUACGCCAUAGCCACUUGGAGCAUUCCAUCACUCUCCUUUGCUGUAUUUGCUGCAUGCUUCAUUGGUCCAAGAGCCAUUUAUCAUCACAGGUUAUUUUAUUCUCUUAAUGAACAGAAAAUGAUGACACACAAUUAGGGGAAAAAAAAAAUAGAGAGAGAAAAUCGACUUUAUUCGUCUUCAAAAGGCUCCGAGAGCCCCACGCAGGUGCCCCCAAGAAGAUCUGUCUCGAACCCUCGAGAUCAUGCAGUUUAUAUUUGUCGUUAUACCAGGCGGCAGACUAGUGCCAGCCCCUUCAUGAGAAAAACAGCGAGUGAAGAAAAUGUGGACAUCAGGGAAAAGAAGGAAAAUAGAAAUUCACUGUCCAUCUUUAUCAGUAACCUUGAACAAAGAAUGACUCCUUGUAAGGAAAACAGUACUUGUCCACGGUGUCCACAAAGUGGACAAAACAUAGUGUUAUGGGAACAAUAAAUGAUUAUGUGUGACAUUGUGAAAUGAACAGAUACAGUGGGGAGAACAAGUAUUUGAUACACUGCCGAUUUUGCUGGUUUUCCCACUUGCAAGCCAUGUAGAGGUCUGUAAUUUGUAUCAUAAGUUCUCUUCAACUGUGAGGGACGGAAUCUAAUACAAAAAUCCCGAAAAUCACAUUGUAUAAUUUUUAAAUAAUAAAUUUGUAUUUAACUGCAUGAAAUAAGAAUUUGAUACAUUACCAACUAGUAAAUAUUUCGGCUCUUAGUUCUUUUUUAAGAACCCCUCCUGUUCUCCACUCAUUACCGGAAGUAACUGCACCUGUUUGAACUUGUUACCUGUAUAAAAGACACCUGUUCACAUGCUCAAACAAACAAACUCCAACCUCUCCACAAUGGCCAAGACCAAAGAGCUGUGUAAGGACAUCAGGGAUAAAAUAAUAGACCUGCACAAGGCUAUGAUGGGCUACAGGAAAAUAAGCAAGCAGCUUGGUGAGAAGGUAACAACUGUUGAAGCGAUUAUUAGAAAAUGGAAGAAGUUCAAGUUGACGGUCAAUCUGCCUCGUUCUGGGGCUCCAUGCAAGAUCUCACCUCGUGGGGGAUCACUGAUCAUGAGGAAGGUGAGGGAUCAGCCCAGAACUACACGGCAGGACCUGGUCAAUGACCUGAAGAGAGCUGGAACCACAGUCUCGAAGAAAACCAUCGGAAACACAUUACGCCGUCAUGGAUUAAAAUCCUACAGCGCACGCAAGGUCCCGCUGCUGAAGCCAGUGCAUGUCCAGACACGUCUGAAGUUUGCCACUGACCAUCUGGAUGAUCCAGAGGAGCAAUGGGAGAAGGUCAUGUGGUCGGAUGAGACCAAAAUUGAACUUUUUGGUCUAAACUCGGCUCGUCGUGUUUGGAGGAAAAAGAAGGAUGAGUACAACCAAGGGUGAAAGUGGGCCAGAACGGUCAGGAAGGCAGUUCCGGUAUAAGAUUCAGGGCAGGAACGCAGUUCCGGUAUAAGAUUCAGGGCCUGAAUGCUGUUCCGGUACACUCUGCUUUGAUUCCAAAAAUAUGAUUGCUACUGUCAAAACUUAUGUAAAAAAAAUGCUAAACUGCCACACAUGCAUUUCAUUUCCAAGAAGAAAACAAUCUACCUGCUAACAUCAGAUUAUGAUGAGUCACGUCAAUGUGCGAAUGCACGCGGCAAAGCAAAAUGCCUGGACUCAUUUAUCUGUUCAACUGGCUGACAUACUGACAUGUGGUCAACAGAGAUAGUAAGCUCUGAUUGGUUCAAAUGUGCAUGUUUUCUGGAACAGCAAAAAACAAACAAAAAAGUUUGUUGAAUUGAUGCAACAAAAAAAGGGCAAUGCAACAGGAGAUGGAUCAAAUCUUUAAGAGCAAGGAAAGAGUUGAGGAGGCUUAUUUAGCAUAUUUAGUUUUAUUUGCUCUGAUGGGGAUGUUCAGAACAUCUUAGCUGUCAAUGUGCACUUUGGACAUUGUAUAUUUGUUCAUUUAUGUUAGGCUUAUUCAUUUCCUUAUGAUUUAAAAAAGUCUAUACGCGAUCUUCAAAAUAUAUUCCAUUUCACUUUACAUAAUAUAAGUCAUUUGUACUUAUUUUUCUGAAUGUAUGUCACUUAUAUCUUUAUUAUUAAAACCAAAAACAAAAAACAAAGCAAAAGUAAAUGUUUAUAUUAAGUUCAAUUUUAAUAUACAUCCUAUGUUCUUAAGUAGUUAAAAUUGAGAUUUGGCAUUUAGUAUGUGAGGAAAUGUGGGAAAAUAAAAAUUAGGAGAUGGAGGUUGGGGUUAUUGCUGUUUUUGUUAACUUUUAUUUUGCAAGUCAUUGAAAAAAUACAAUUUUGAAAAAAAAAUCAGUUUUUGUAUGUGUUAUAGAAAUAACUGUGCCAAAAGUUUUCUUUGCAUUUCAGUAGUUUUAGGAGGUUGGACCCUCCGCCCCCCAAAAAUGAAAAUUAAUUAAUUAAUUAAAUUUCUUGCUCGGUGGCGACCUUCACGUCGAGGAGUUCCAGCAAGAAAUUGUAGACACUUACAACCCCAAGAACACCAUCCCAACCGUGAAACAUGGAGGAGGAAACAUUUUUUGGGGCUGCUUCUCUGCCAAGGGUACAGGACGACUGCACCGUAUUGAGGGGAGGAUGGAUGGGGCUAUGUAUCGCUAGAUCUUGGCUGACAACCUCCUUCCUUCAGUGAGAGCCCUGAAGAUGGGUCGUGGCUGGGUCUUCCAGCAUGACAACGACCCAAAGCACACAGCCAAGGCAACUAAAGAGUGGCUCCGUAAGAAGCAUCUUAAGCUCCUGGAGUGGCCUAGCCAGUCACCAGAUCUGAACCCGACAGAAAAUCUAUGGAGGGAGCUGAAAGUCCGUGUUGCCCGGCAGCAGCCCCGAAACCUGAAGGCUCUGGAGAAGAUUUGCUUGGAGGAGUGGGCCAAAAUCCCUGCUGCAGUGUGUGCAAACCUUGUCAAGGACUACAGGAAACGUUUGGUAUCUGUAAUAGCAAACAAAGUUUUCUGUACCAAAUAUUAAGUUUGAUUUUUGUGAUGUAUCAAAUACUUAUUUCAUGCAAUUAAAUGCAAAUUUAUUAUUUAAAAAUCAUACACCGUGAUUUUUUUUUGUAUUAGAUUCCGUCCCUCACAGUUGAAGAGAACUUAUGAUACAAAUUA